CACGCCCGAAACAAGUCGUCAUUUGCCGGGUUUGCGGUCUAAGUUGUACGUUCCCUGGUAGCCCAGUUGUCAGGAAGUUCAGGAACUCGGUCACCGCCCAGUCCCCCCCCCCACAAUCUAGGCUAUUGUUGAGAAAUAACUCCGCGACAGCGAAACCAGCUUCUAUCGAAACUUUCAAGGUAACGGUCAGCAGAGAGUCACUUUGAACUUAUACUUCUUUCAAUCUUUCAAGGGGCAUUUCUCCUCGUGAAGUGAGUUAGCAGAGUAAGAAAAAGUGUCGUGUCCGCGAGGGGCAGCGAAAGGGAGGAAAACUUUAGAGGCGAAGCGUUGUCAUUCCUCCAUCUUGAAACUUUCCUAACGAAUUGUUUUCGUCUUCCAGACAUGACAAGUAUCAACACUGCUAACAUCAAUUUCAAAUGGGACCCAAAAAGUCUGGAGAUCAGAACUCUGGCAGUGGAGAGACUGCUGGAGCCCUUGGUCACACAGGUCACAACUCUGGUUAACUCAAGUAACAAAGGGCCAUCGAACAAAAAGAAGGGACGUUCCAAGAAGGCUCAUGUUCUGGCUGCUUCAGUGGAGACUGCCACCCAGAACUUCCUAGAAAAAGGAGAGAAAAUAGCUAAGGAGAGUCAGUUCCUUAAGGAUGAGCUGACCGCUGCAGUAGAUGAUGUACGCAAGCAAGGUGAUUCAAUGAGGCAGGCUUCUGGAGAAUUUGCUGAAGAUCCCUGCUCUUCUGUAAAGAGGGGCAAUAUGGUUCGUGCUGCCAGAGCCCUCUUGUCGGCGGUCACACAUCUGUUAGUUCUGGCAGACAUGUCCGACGUCUACAAACUUUUGCUCCAGCUUAAAUUGGUUGAAGACAGCCUUGUGAAAGUGCGUAAUGCGGGAACAGAACAAGAUCUUGGGAUCCAAUAUAAAGCCUUGAAGCCAGAAGUGGACAAGCUGAACAUCAUGGCAGCCAAGAGACAGCAGGAGUUAAAGGAUGCUCAACAUAAGGACCAAAUGGCUGCUGCUCGCGGUGUUCUCCAGAAGAACAUCCCUAUGCUGUACACAGCAUCCCGUGCUUGCUUGCAGCACCCAGAUGUUGCUGCCUACAAGGCUAACCGUGACCUUAUCUACAAGCAACUGCAACAUGCAGUUUCAGGCAUUUCCAAUGCCGCUCAGGCCACUGCCACAGAAGACUCUGCUCUCAGUCAAACAGCAGGUGGUGGAGAGCUUGCAUAUGCCCUCAACAAUUUUGACAAACAAAUCAUUGUGGACCCGCUGGCAUUUAGUGAGGAGCGGUUUCGUCCAUCCCUAGAGGAACGUCUUGAGAGCAUUAUCAGUGGAGCUGCCCUCAUGGCCGACUCAUCUUGCACACGAGAUGACCGCAGGGAGCGAAUUGUGGCUGAAUGCAAUUCUGUCCGCCAGGCUCUUCAGGAUCUGCUUUCAGAGUACAUGGGCAAUGCUGGCAGAAAGGACCGAAGUGAUGCGCUGAACACAGCCAUUGACAGAAUGACAAAGAAAACCAGAGACCUCCGCAGGCAGCUACGCAAAGCUGUAAUGGACCAUGUGUCUGACUCAUUUUUGGAAACCAAUGUACCACUUCUGGUUUUGAUUGAAGCUGCAAAGAAUGGCAAUGAGAAAGAAGUCAAGGAAUAUGCACAAGUGUUCCGUGAGCAUGCCAACAAGCUGAUUGAGGUGGCCAAUUUGGCCUGCUCCAUCUCAAACAACGAAGAGGGAGUGAAGCUGGUCCGGAUGGCAGCAUCUCAAUUAGAAACUCUUUGCCCUCAGGUGAUUAAUGCAGCUUUGGCCUUAGCGGCAAAGCCUAACAGUAAGGUGGCACAAGACAAUAUGGAUUUGUUCAAGGAACAAUGGGAGAAGCAGGUCCGAGUCCUCACUGAUGCUGUUGAUGAUAUAACAUCCAUCGACGAUUUCCUUUGUGUUUCCGAGAACCACAUCCUGGAGGAUGUGAAUAAAUGUGUUAUUGCUCUGCAAGAGAAAGAUGUGGAUGGUUUGGAUCGCACUGCCGGGGCAAUUCGAGGUCGUGCUGCCCGAGUAGUUCAUGUGGUCACUUCUGAAAUGGACAAUUAUGAACCUGGAAUCUACACAGAAAAGGUGUUGGAGGCCACAAAGCUCCUGACUGACACAGUGAUGCCACGGUUCACAGAGCAAAUUGAGUCUGCAGUGGAGGCCUUGAGCGCUAACCCCUCACAACCAGUUGAUGAAAAUGAGUUCAUUGAUGCUUCCCGUCUUGUAUAUGAUGGCAUUAGAGACAUUCGCAAGGCUGUCCUCAUGAUUAGGACUCCAGAGGAAUUGGAUGACUCCGACUUUGAAACUGAAGACUUUGAUGUUCGCAGCAGGACCAGUGUGCAGACAGAAGAUGACCAGCUGAUUGCUGGCCAGAGUGCAAGGGCUAUUAUGGCUCAGUUGCCACAGGAACAGAAGGCAAAGAUAGCAGAGCAAGUUGCCAGCUUCCAGGAGGAGAAGAGCAAACUGGAUGCCGAGGUAUCCAAGUGGGAUGACAGCGGCAAUGACAUAAUUGUUUUGGCCAAGCAGAUGUGCAUGAUCAUGAUGGAGAUGACAGACUUUACCAGGGGGAAAGGACCAUUGAAGAAUACAUCUGAUGUCAUCAGUGCUGCCAAGAAAAUUGCAGAAGCAGGAUCGAGAAUGGACAAGUUGGGUCGUACUAUUGCAGACAAUUGCCCCGACUCAACCUGUAAGCAGGACCUUCUCGCCUACUUGCAGCGUAUUGCCUUGUACUGCCACCAGCUCAACAUCUGCAGCAAAGUCAAGGCUGAGGUUCAGAAUUUGGGAGGAGAGCUGGUUGUUUCAGGGUUGGACAGCGCCAUGUCUCUCAUUCAGGCCGCCAAAAAUCUGAUGAACACCGUGGUGUCCACCGUGAAGGCAUCGUAUGUCGCCUCCACAAAGUACCAGAAGAACAAGGGUAUGGAGGCCCUCAAUAUGCCCGCCAUUUCCUGGAGGAUGAAGGCACCUGAGAAGAAGCCUCUGGUGAAGAGAGAGAAGCAGGAUGAUGGCCAAACAAACCGGGUCAAGAGAUCUUCUCACAAGAAGCAUGUCAACCCUGUUCAGGCUCUGAGCGAGUUCAAAGCUAUGGAUAGUAUCUAGAUCCUUUGUCAUUUUGUUUAUAUAGAGAGAUCAAGCUUGGCUUUUUAUCAAAAAGAGCUUUUAAGAUAUUUUUUUUGAAAAUUGAAAUCUUUCCAUUGGUGUAUAUGUACGUCUGCCUCAUCUCAGUUCCAUAAGACUACUGUAUACUGUCUUGUAUGGAAAAUAGUAACGGAUCAAUUAGACACAGGCAUUUUGUUUUGUAUUUUUCACAUGUAUGACUUAAUUCCACUGACUAUUCUCAUAUAAGUUGUAUUUCCAUCAUGCUGGGGUUCUCUGGUCUUUUUCAAUCUUUGGUAAUCCAUCCCAGAAUUAUCAACUAUGCAAAUUCCCAACUGCCUUAUAUCAACUUGAGCAAUAUUUGGUUGUCACCAGCAGGGCGUAUUACGAGAUUUGAAUGUGACCUGGCCCACUUGUAACAAACCAAAGUUAGCACUAUAUAGUCACUGAUGUCUCUCAAGUGAUUCUUCUCUCACCCCCCCCCCCCCCCCCAACCUGAGCUUUAUCAGCAAUCCAACCUUUUAUUUGGCCAUAUAAUCGAGACAUGGACUGAAAGACGCGUAUAAGCCACACGCAUAGGCCCCCUGUGUCAGUCCAACUGUGAGCUUUUGAGACUUAUUGAUGAAGCCUUAUAAAAUCCAGUGGGCCCAACAGUCAGUGAAGUAUGCCUGUUCUCUACACAGCUGAUGGGCAUCAUUGACUGUCAUUGAGGCCAACCCCACAACCUAAGAAGGGGUCCAAAUUGAGGUGUCAGUACUUUUCUCUCAGCCUGGGGAGAUUUCCUCCCUAAUAUGGCUUGUUUUGUAUUCUAUUCUAUUUAAAAUGGUCACCUUUUUUAAUCCUCCAACAACUGUGUUAAAACCUUGAAAUUGUUGCUUGAACUAACAGCUUUUUGAUGACAUUGAGUGUGAGGCUUAUUUUUUUCUUUUAAAUCUUUGUUUUGGUUUCCCCAUUCAAAUUCUGUUUUGUGUGAUUGGCAUCAGUGAGCUAAUCCCAGAUGGGCUUGUAUGUGCUUACUUUUGAGCCCCACCCACCCCAUGCACAACUGAGAUCUCAAAGGUUUGUCUCCCCCCCACCUCCAUUUUUCUUUGGUUGUAUUUGAUUUUGGAAGAGACACAACGUUGCUGUGGAUAUUUUUCUUUAUGGCUGACCUGUAAGUACACGCUAUACUGAAUUCAUGUACCUUCUUUCUAUCUAAACAGUUGAAUUAAACUAUCCUCUCCAAUAA